AUGACUCUCUCCACGAUGCUGUCGGCGCUGCUCGCGCUGCAGCUGGUGUCCGCCGAGCCCGUGACGGUGUACACGCCCCGGCAGCAGCUUCUGCACCUGGUGCACUCGUCGCCACUGUCGGCGCUGACGCCGUCCUCGGCCGCGCCCCGGCCGCAGCAGGCCGUGUACAACGAGGCCGUCCAGGCCAGCAAGCUGCAGGAGCGCUUCAGCUGGAAGUCGCUGGACUUCGCCUUCCCCGACGAGCGCACCAGGCAGCUGGCGCUGCAGACCGGUGGCUUCAUCCCGGAGAACAACCUGCCCGUCGGCAUCGAGCUGUGGGGCGACAAGCUGUUCGUCACCGUGCCCCGGUGGCGCGCCGGCAUCCCCUCCACGCUCAACUACAUCUCGCUGUCGGUGAGCUACACGGACUCGCCGCGGCUCGUGCCCUACCCGGACUGGAAGACCAACAUCGAGGGCAGCUGCGGCACGGGCAUCACCACCACCUACCGGAUCAAGGCCGACGCGUGCAACAGGCUGUGGGUGCUGGACACGGGCACGGUGGGCAUCGGCAACACGACGCAGAACGUGUGCCCCUACUCCAUCCUGGUGUUCGACCUGGAGACGGACCAGCUGCUGCGGCGCUACACGCUGCGCACGCAGGACACCAACGCCAACACCUUCAUCGCCAACAUCGCCGUGGACGUGGGCCGCACGUGCGACGACGCCUUCCUGUACGCGUCCGACGAGCUGGGCUACGGCCUCAUCGUGUACUCGUGGGAGCUCAACACGUCCUGGCGGGUGCAGCACGGCUACUUCCUGCCCGACCCGCUCAAGGGUGACUUCAACAUUGCAGGCCUCAACUUCCAGUGGUUCGAGGAGGGCAUCUUCGGCCUGGCCCUGUCGCCGCUCAAGCAGGACGGCUUCAGGACGCUGUUCUUCAGCCCGCUCGCCAGCAACCGCCAGUUCGCCGUGUCCACCCGAGUGCUCCGCGACAAGGCCAUGGCCGAGUCCGAGGAAAGCUACCACCAGUUCCUGGCGCUGCCCAACCGCGGGGCCAACGCGCACACCACGGCCCACUUCAUGGACGACGACGGCAUCCUCUUCUACAACCUGAUCGACCAGAACGCCGUGGGCUGCUGGAACUCGCGCCUGCCCUUCUCCAAGGACACCCAGGCCGUGCUGGACCGCGACGACGUCGGGCUCGUCUUCCCCAGCGACGUCAAGGUGGACGCCCAGAAGACGCUGUGGGUCAUGUCGGACCGCAUGCCCGUGUUCCUCAUCUCCAACUCCAUCGACUUCAAGAACGACGUCAACUUCCGCAUCUACUCGGCGCCCGUGGCCGACCUGAUCCGCGGCACCGUGUGCGACGUGGACCGCUACCCGCAGGACAACACCAUCCUCCCCGAGGACGACGGCACCACGGCGCUGGCGCCGACGCGGCCCUACUCCGCCGGGCCCUACCGGCCCUUCUCGCCGCGUCGCCUUGCGCCCUACGUCGCCCCGCCCGCACCGCCGGCGACCCGGCCGCCGCCGAACCCGCUGUCCGACCCCGUGCCCAGAAGGAAGAAGGACGAAGCACUUACAGAGCGUUGCUCAUAA